UGUUCGGUUCCUGAGAAAAAUAUUGAAAGCAAAAGAAAGGCUCAAAUUUGUUGUUGUUUUUCUAGUCCUGGUUUUAUGGAAAAUAAAAAUGGUGAGUUUGAUAUGUUACUGCUUUCUCUGUUUUUGUUUGGACUUUCAGAUAUUUUCUGCCCCGAUUGAAUAGAGGAGGAUUCAUGCAUUCGUUUGAUGGAUUACGUGCGGUGAGAAACUUUUUUCUGGGAAAAUGACACUGCUUUCGGAGGAAAUGACGUGCGUAGCAAUCCAUUCAUGGACAUUUAGCGAGCUAGUGGGUGCAUUUCUUGAUCUUGGGAUAGCGUAUCUAUUGCUUUGUGCAUCAACUCUUGCUUAUUUCGCCUCGAAGUUUCUGGGUUUGUUUGGAUUGUGUCUGCCGAGUCCUUGCAAGCGACUUUUUGGGAGCUCCGGAGGUAGUCACUGCUUGCAAAGAGCGUUAGUGGAUUGCCCGCGGGGGAAAACCUCUUCGGUUCAUUUGUCGGUGAAGAGCACGUUCCCUUUCGAUUUGAUAUGGGCUGAUGAACCAAAUUGCCAAUUUAAUCUGGGGUGGGUGGAUGAGAAAAAUGGUAAGAACAGGCAUGUUGAGACGGAAGGUGAAGCGUCGAGUAGCUCGUAUAUGGAGAAGGCACAGGGUUUUGUUGGGACAAGUUUGGUGGAAAGCUACGAAGCUGGUUCUGAGUUCGGUAUGGCGAACUCGCCAACCGUGAAACAAGGAUGGUUUGAUCUUAAGGGUAAGAGGGCUGCAGGACAGAGGAAGAGGCUUGGUCUUCGGCAGCGUCACAAACGGAGGGCUGUUGAUUAUGGGAAGUCUUCUACAGUUUCAUCAUAUGAUCCUUUAUGCUUGGAUGUAAGAGAUGGUUGUUUGACUCCUUCCAGUGUUUGUAGGAUAGGGACUGAGAUUACUGAAGAAGGCAGCUCGGUUCCUGUUAAUUCUGGAGGUGAUGGCCUUUUCUAUGGCUGGGAAGCACCUGCGGACAUUUCUUGGAAGGAGAGAGUUUCAUGUGGCCCCAAAUUGAAUGAAUCUGUUGAUGAAGAUAAAUUUGUGGAGGAGGCACUACAUGUUGAAGAGUCCGGCUACAACACGCAAAGGGAGCUAGGCUUUGAUAGUAAUAAGACACAUACAGUCAGAGUCUUGGAACAAGCACUUGAAGAAGAGCACGCUGCUCGUGCUGCUCUGUACCUUGAACUUGAGAAAGAGAGAUGUGCUGCUGCUAGUGCUGCAGAUGAGGCCAUGGCUAUGAUAUUGCGACUACAAGAGGAGAAGGCAUUGAUUGAAAUGGAAGCUAAGCAAUACCAGAGGAUGAUAGAAGAAAAAUCUGCAUAUGAUGCCGAGGAAAUGAACAUUCUCAAAGAGAUCUUACUGAGGAGAGAAAGGGAAAAGCACUUUUUAGAGAAUGAAGUUGAAGCUUACAGGCAAAUAAUGUUUGGAAAUGAUCAAUUAGAUGCUGAUAUGGAAGACACACAGGAACUGGGAUUUUCUUCUUUGUUUUAUUCAAGUGAAGGUCCGAUGCUAACGCUGCAGCAGAUUAGCAAAUCCUUGUGCGAGAAGGAAAGGUUGGAAAACACAAGUAGUUCUAGAGACUUUGAGGUCCCAUCUCUCGAUUUGCAGAACCGUAUUCUUGCUUUUGGGAAAGAACUGCCAUAUCCAGAAUUGGAUGAAGAUGCCAAUUUUUCUAAGAAAGGAGACAUUCGUAGGCAUCCAAGCCUUGACAAGCAGCCUAAUUCUUUAAGUUGUGAUGAGUUUCGAGAGAAGGGAAUGGUAUCCAUGGAUGAGAAUCCAGUUACUCAACAGAGAGAAUUGCAUACAAUAGAGGCAUGCUCACAAUUAACUCCGUCAAGUACUCCGCAAGGAUUUAAUUUGCUUGUGGGAAGCAUUAAACCAGUUGGGGGAGGACAGGAGCAAAGUGAUAAUAUGAGUCUAUCCCAAAGGUUGGCAACAAAGAUGAUUGAAUCUUGUGAUGAAGAUAAGAUUGAUAUUGCACAUAAUCUCGAUCAUGUGGAGAUGUGUGGAGAUACAAAUCAGGAAGACAAAGUUACACAUAGGUCAUUUGGUGAUACAGAGCUUUAUGUUCAUGAUGUCCAUGUCAUUGAUGACGAGUCUCGUAUCUCUAGGGAAGAGAGUGUAAAGAAGAGUGAACAACUUUCAAGGAAUGCUUCCUUAAACCUUUGUAGAAAAGGUGAUAAUCCAAGCCCAAGCACGGCAGAGACUGAGCUAGACUUCAACAGAAGCAGGCCAGAUAUAAAUAGUGGACUGCCUCCAAAGGUUCCGUCACGCAGCAAAGCUUCGGUUUCUGAUAUGCGGCAAAAGUCGAUGUCUGCAAUUGAUUUACGUAGAAAUUCAAUGUCUCCAAUUGAUAAUGAAAGGUUAAAAAUUGAUAACGAAGUUGAGUGGCUCCAAGAAAGACUAAGGAUUGUGCAAGAAGAAAGAGAGAAGCUCAACUUCUCUUUGGGGAAUAAUGAAAGGGAAAAAGUUCAGUUGCAACUUCUACAGGAUAUAGCAAGUCAGCUUCAAGAGAUUCGACAGUUAACAGAGCCUGGAAAAGCGGUACGUCAGGCCUCUCUGCCUCCUCCAUCCUCUAAGGUUAUGUCAAAGAAAAGAUGCUGGCGCAGUGCAUCAUUAGGAGUACGUUGAAGGACUUUUGUAAGGCGUGUAUGAAGCUGCCUGCUGGAUAAUUUUCCACGGAUAACAGGAUCAUGGUGAUAGGUGGAUACGAUCUAUAUAAAGUUUUCCCUCGUGUAGGUGUAGUAACCCAAUUUUGACCACUUUCUAAUCUCUUAAGGUGCCAGUUCAGAAUAGAAUUCUGGUUACUGUAAUUUCCUUUAUUACAAGCUGUUCUUUCUCACGAGUUUUGGUUUCCCUGUUUGGAUAAUAGUUGCAAUAAAGAUGAAGUGUCGUCACCAGUUUCUGUUGGUAAUUGUUUUAUUCCUGUCACUAAGAUAUGCAUCCUUGGAUGAAUC